GCUGCAGCAUCCUCUCCCCCCGCGGCGGCCGGGCCCGCAGAGAAGGAGGCCGGCUCCGGGUCUCCGCCACUCAAUCUGAUGCUGGAGGGGCGAAGCUCAGUGUGCCCUGAGGUGUCUGCGGGCCAAACUCCUGGGAGACUUCCUGGAGGAGGAGGAGGCAUCAGGCUAGAAGUUCUCACAGGUGGUUGGAAUAGGUGAGUGACGAUGACAGAGAGGACGUGACCUGCACGGGCCCUUAUCCACCCACUGAGUGGCACCACCAUGCAGAAGCCCAGCGGCCUGAAGCCCCCCGGCCGUGGGGGGAAACACUCGAGCCCCAUGGGCCGGACGUCCACUGGGUCAGCCUCGGCCUCGGCCACAGCGGCAGCCACCGGCUCCAAGGAAGGCUCCCCCCUGCACAAGCAGGCCUCGGGCCCCUCCUCCGUGGCCGCGCCCGCCGCCCCUGAGAAGCCUGGCCCGAAGGUGGCCGAAGUGGGCGAUGACUUUGUGGGGGACUUCGAGGUUGGCGAGCGGGUGUGGGUGAACGGCGUGAAGCCGGGCGUGGUGCAGUACCUGGGCGAGACACAGUUUGCACCCGGGCAGUGGGCCGGUGUGGUGCUGGAUGAGCCCGUGGGCAAGAACGAUGGCGCCGUGGGCGGUGUGCGCUACUUCGAGUGCCCGGUGCUGCAGGGCAUCUUCACGCGGCCCUCCAAGCUCACCCGGCAGCCCACGACUGAGGGCUCGGGCAGUGACACCCACUCGGUGGAGUCGCUCACUGCCCAGAACCUGUCACUGCACUCCGGCACUGCCACACCCCCACUGACCAGCCGCGUUAUUCCGCUUCGGGAGAGUGUCCUCAACAGCUCCGUCAAGACAGGCAACGAGUCGGGCUCCAACCUCUCAGACAGUGGCUCCGUGAAGCGGGGUGACAAGGACCUGCGCCUGGGAGACCGCGUGCUGGUUGGCGGGACAAAGACUGGCGUGGUGCGGUACGUGGGGGAAACGGACUUUGCCAAGGGCGAGUGGUGUGGCGUGGAGCUGGACGAGCCCCUUGGGAAGAACGAUGGGGCGGUGGCGGGCACCAGGUAUUUCCAGUGCCCACCCAAGUUUGGUCUCUUCGCGCCCAUCCACAAGGUCAUCCGCAUCGGCUUCCCAUCCACCAGCCCCGCCAAAGCCAAGAAGACCAAGCGUAUGGCCAUGGGGGUUUCAGCGCUGACCCACAGUCCCAGCAGCUCCUCCAUCAGCUCUGUCAGCUCUGUGGCUUCCUCUGUCGGGGGCCGGCCCAGCCGCAGUGGCCUGCUCACGGAGACCUCUUCACGCUACGCCCGCAAGAUCUCUGGCACGACUGCUCUGCAGGAGGCGCUGAAGGAGAAGCAGCAGCACAUUGAGCAGUUGCUGGCUGAACGGGACCUGGAGCGGGCUGAGGUGGCCAAGGCCACGAGCCACAUCUGCGAGGUGGAGAAGGAGAUCGCCCUGCUCAAGGCGCAGCAUGAGCAGUAUGUUGCAGAAGCAGAGGAGAAGCUGCAGCGAGCCAGGCUGCUGGUGGAGAACGUGCGGAAGGAGAAGGUAGACCUGUCCAACCAGCUGGAGGAGGAGAGGAGGAAAGUGGAGGACCUGCAGUUCCGAGUGGAGGAGGAGUCCAUCACCAAGGGAGACCUGGAGCUCACCACAGUGGCCGAGAAGUCACGGGUGCUGCAGCUGGAGGAGGAGCUGAACCUGCGGCGUGGGGAGAUUGAGGAGCUGCAGCAAUGCCUGCUGCACUCGGGCCCACCCCCCGCUGACCACCCUGAGGCGCUGGAGACCCUGCGGCUGCGGGAGCGGCUGCUGUCGGCCAGCAAGGAGCACCAGAGGGAGAGCGGCGUGCUGCGGGACAAGUAUGAGAAGGCCCUGAGGGCCUACCAGGCGGAGGUGGAGAAGCUCCGGGCUGCCAACGAGAAGUAUGCACAGGAGGUGGUGGACCUCAAGGCCAAGGUCCAGCAGGCCACCAGUGAGAACAUGGGGCUCAUGGACAACUGGAAGUCCAAGCUGGACUCGCUGGCCUCGGACCACCAGAAGUCCCUGGAGGACCUCAAGGCCACCCUGAACUCAGGCCCGGGCGCCCAGCAGAAGGAAAUUGGGGAGCUGAAGGCCGUGAUGGAGGGCAUCAAGAUGGAGCACCAGCUGGAGCUGGGCAACCUGCGCGCCAAGCACGACAUCGAGACCGCCAUGCACGUGAAGGAGAAGGAGGGCCUGCGGCAGAAGCUGCAGGAGGCCCAGGAGGAGCUGGCCGGGCUGCAGCAGCACUGGCGGGCCCAGCUGGAGGUGCAGGCCAGCCAGCAUCGGCUGGAGCUGCAGGAGACCCAGGACCAGCGCCGCGACGCCGAGCUGCGGGUGCAUGAGCUGGAGAAGCUGGACGCAGAGUACCGGGGCCAGGCGCAGGCCAUCGAGUUCCUCAAGGAGCAGAUCUCCCUGGCUGAGAAGAAGAUGCUGGACUAUGAGCAGCUGCAGCGGUCAGAGGCCCAGAGCAAGCAGGAGGCCGAGAGGCUGCGGGAUAAGCUGCUGGUCGCUGAAAACAGACUCCAGGCUGUCGAGUCCCUGUGCUCGUCCCAGCACACCAACAUGAUUGAGUCGAACGACAUUUCAGGGGAGAAGAUCAGGAUGAAGGAGACUGUGGAGGGCCUGCAGGACAAGCUGAACAAGAGGGACAAAGAGGUGACCGCCUUGACGUCCCAGACUGAGAUGCUCAGGGCCCAAGUAAGUGCACUGGAGAGCAAGUGCAAGUCGGGGGAGAAGAAGGUGGACACCCUCCAGAAAGAGAAGCGGCGCUUGGAGGCGGAGCUGGAGGCCGUGUCCCGGAAGACCCACGACGCCUCGGGCCAGCUGGUCCUCAUCAGCCAGGAGCUGCUCAGGAAGGAGCGGAGCCUGAACGAAUUGCGGGUAUUAUUGCUGGAGGCCAAUCGCCACUCCCCAGGGCCCGAGAGGGACCUGAGCCGAGAGGUCCACAAGGCUGAGUGGCGGAUCAAGGAGCAGAAACUCAAGGACGACAUUCGGGGGCUCCGCGAGAAGCUGACUGGGCUGGACAAAGAGAAGUCGCUGUCGGACCAAAGGCGCUACUCCCUCAUCGACCCAUCCUCAGCCCCUGAGCUCCUGCGGCUACAGCACCAGUUGAUGAGCACAGAAGACGCCCUGCGGGAUGCACUGGACCAGGCUCAGCAGGUGGAGAAGCUCAUGGAGGCCAUGAGGAGCAGUCCUGACAAGGCCCCGGCCAUCGGCAAUUCCGGUUCUGCAAACGGCAUCCACCAGCAAGACAAGGGCCACAAACAAGAGGACAAGCACUGACCCUGAGGGACAUCAUGGAGCAGCCCAGUCCACACCAGAGCCACCCCUUUCUGCCCCGGUGGCGCCCCCUCCAGGCAGCAGCCAGGACUGUCACUUUGGAGACAAGAACAGUGUUUGUAACAAUAAUGUACCUACCGCCUUGGACAAUCCCCCACCCCCGACCCCCCUGCUGGACCAGGAGGCUUCCUCAAGCACGAAUUUCCACAGAGAGCGGUACAGCCCUGGCCUGGCCCCCGGAACCUUCAGCCUGGACACGCAGGAUGCCCCAGCAGUUUCUGGAAUUUGGGGAGGCUGAGGCUAUCUGGCCAGGCCCCUCUCCCCAAAACAAGCUGCCCCGAGGACCAUCUUGGCACCCUGGGCACAUCCCUACCCUCCCUUUCCUCCUCCCAGGUGCCCCUCAAACCCAGAGACCAUUAUCCCGGAAAGAGUCAGGAGGCCCAGGGUCUCCUUGCAGGCACCAAGGAGGGAAGCCCAGUCCUCAGGAGCCAGGUGAGGACCCCUCUUCUGCAGCCGCUUCCCGGCCACGGCAGUUCCCAGGGUGCUUGUCCACAUCCCGAGCCUCCUUCAAGCAGUGGUACAAGUUCCCCUUGGCUCAUCUGCCCAGCGAGGUCCCGAGUUCCAGGAGUUGGGGUGUAAGAACCUUUUCCCCCAACACCAAUACACACUUAGACAUAACUCCAAGCUGCUGGCCAGAGAGGGUGGUCACCAAGGCCAGGAGCCACAGUAUUAGGAAAGUUUGGAGGCCUUCCCUCACCCCCACCACUGACCUGGCGUGGAGCUGGAGCAGGGUGCCUAUGGGGGUUCAGACUGGUGGUCCAGACACAUUUUAACUGGUCAGUAAUUCGGUGUCCCCCGGCCUGACUAGAUGUUUCAAAACUGGGCCUCCCACCUGCAGGUGCACCCUGAUGUCUACACCCACUGACCAUUGACACAUGUGCUCAGAGGGGUCACACGUGGCCAUGCCGGUGGGGUGUCUGCAGUCAGCCAUGCUCAGGCAACACCGAUGCACACGCUUGGGUUCCAGGACCAAGCCCCAAGCUGGGCAAGGUAGUGCCCACACACACCAUGAACAUUCCUGCAAGCUGGCUGUGCACGUACACACCCAGCUACAUGCAGUGGGCAUUCAGGGGUGUGUGUGCCAGGCACAUGCAUCAGAAUGCACAGGUACUGACAGCCUCUUUCAGUCUUACCAGGCACCUUCCCGGAGCUUUUUAAACCUUGUCUCCUGUAGCCAGAACGAGAGCGUAAGGGGUGUUGGCAAGGAAAAGUGAACCACCCUCCCUCUUCUCUCAAGCCCUGCUGAGUGUCUCUAGGCCUGUGUGUGGCAGCAAAAGCCAGCCUGGGUCCAGCAGCACCCACCUGUACAGCUGGAGGGCCCGCAGGUGUGGCCUGAGCCGCAGCACCACUGCUGGGGGUGCAGGAGAAGCCCACGCCCGCCACGAUGUCCCCAUGGUGCACCGGGACGGUGUGCGGGCUGCCCCGGGAGCGGCCCAGCCAGCCUGCGAGUGCUCCCGGGUGCAGGCGGUGGAGCUCACAACCUUCCCCGCAGGCAGCCCCUCUUGGGGGCAGCCAGUUUGUCCCAUCGGCCCCUCCCUGUUGGCUUUUGGUAGCUCUCGCAUGCGGUUUUAUUAACAACAGUCUAGGAGCGAUGCUUUAGUGGCCUAACCCAGAGUUAAUACUACUCUUUCCAGCAAAAUCAGGCAAGCUGCCCACCCAAAGGAGGCGCUGAUUAGUCUACUAACAGCCCAAGGCCCACACCGGGAGGGGCUGAGCCCCGAUGGGCUUGCAGGUGGCAGGGAUCAAAGAAGCGAUUGCCCAGUGAACAUCUCUGCCUGCCCAGUGUGGACUCAGCUGUGCCCCCUCCCUUAAGUCCUUCCCUUGCCCUCCCCUCCCCAAAAUGGAAUCAUUGAAGUGUGGCGAGUCCGUG